CCCAUGGUCACGUAUUUUCUUCUUGCCCUUUUAUCGUUUUGACUAUGUCGUUAGAAAUUGACAAAUGGCAAAAACUAGUUUUGUUACAGGAUAUAUUUGGACCGAAAAAACUAGAAACGGGAAAUAAAUCUCUGAAAGAGUUGUUUUUCUUGUGCAUUAUUGUCUCUUGUGUGAUUGUGUUUGAAGAAAAGGUUCCUACUCCGGCCUCUUCUGUGAUUGUGUCGGGUCGUGAUUUCUUACUAAUAGAGGAAGCUAGGAAGACUCCGUCGAGCUCUCCUCUCUCUCGUACGACACAAUCUCACUCCCAGCCUAGGGGUCCCCGUUCGAACCCUUUACCACCGCCCAUCCCGUUUUCACGGUUGAUGUAUUGUGACGGUUCCUUUGUCUCAGAUUCAUCUUUGGCGGCAUAUGGGAUUACUAUUGCUAAUGCCCAUGGUCAAGUGUACGACGGCAAGGCUGAUUCUUUCCUCUGUUCCCAUCCUAUUCAAGCGGAAGCCUUUGGUCUCCUCAACGCCAUCUUGAUUGCAGCGCAAGACACAGAACCUACCUGCAUCCGAACAGACUGCCAGGUUCUUACUCUUGCUCUUCGUCAAGACCCUUCUCUUUGGCCUUGGCAAUGCCGUGCGACGAUUGCUCGCAUGGUGUCGGUCAUCCAUUCUGCUCCAUGGAUUAAGGUCGAGUUCGUUCCUCGGCGUCUAAAUUCACUCGCGGAUUGGGUUGCUGGUCAAGCUCGACUGAAUACAUUACCGGUGGACUGGAUUGUUAUUUGUAAUAUUAUUGCUCCACUCUUGUAAUGUUACUGGCUUCCCUUCUUGGGAUUGGAAUAAGAGGAUUACUUGUCAAAAAAAAAAUUGUCUCUUGUGCUUGUGCCUCUCAAAAGUCAAAAAGUCAGCGGGAGUUUGGAAAAGGAGAAGAAAUAACGAUGAACUGGUCAACCGACGCAAAAACCGUUACCCCCUUCCCUCCACCAACUGUCGUCCCUUCCGAGCAGAUCCAGAAAACAAGCUAAGCAAUUCUUUCUCUCUCUCUCUCUCUCCCCUCCCCAAAUUCUUGCCAUGGCAACAGCUCUCUAUUUCAGUUGCAGAGAUAACAAAAGGAAAAGAAAGGAUAGGAAUGAUAAAGAAGAAUUGAACAGAGCUCCGAAACCCUAAUUCUCGGCUUCUCCUCUGUUGUUUUGUGUCACACACACUGCAAUUCAACCCUCAUCUUCGCCAUUUUCCCGCGCGUCUUCACUAUCAUUUCUCUCCAGGAGUUGGGAGCUCCGCUGCAUAGCCGCUCGCCGAUAUCGCAGGGUGCAGAAUUCCGUCAGAAAUAAUGAGUCUCGUUGACACGAGGAUUGACCUUGGCACUAUUGACGUUCGUCCAGGCCCGGAGUUUAUUCACCGCCGGUCGAAUUCCUUGCCGUUCCUUUCCCUGUAUGGCUUCUCCGAUCAGGGAAGCUUCUCGUACAGCAAGCUUCCGGCGAGACCUAUUACGCUCUCUGUUCUCAAGCUCGACGGCUCCUGCUUCGAUAUAGAAGUAAAGAAUUCUGCUACGGUUGGUGAAUUGAAGCAGGCGGUGGAGGCUGCCUUCAGCUACAUGCCGCAGAAGGGGCCAGGCAAGAUCUCGUGGCCGCAUGUGUGGGGGCAUUUCUGCUUAGGUUUUCAUGGCCAGAAGCUGCUCUCUGAAGCUGACUCCAUCAGCUAUUUUGGGAUAAGGGAAGGUGAUCAGCUCCAAUUCAUCCGGCAUCUCUCAACAACAAGCGACAGCUUCACAAAGAAGGGGUCAUUUAAAAGGGUCUUAACUUCAGAAAGAAACAAAAUUGAAAUGGAGAACGGAACGUAUGUGCACAAGGACGAGAGCGAUCUGGGGAUGAUUGAACUUCAAGAAGUCACCGACCACACGAGCUUAAUGAGUCCAUGGUUCCCUUACUCAAGGCUGUCUCCAAGGGAGAAGAAGAGGAAGUUCAAGGUAUCUCACUCGAGAUACGGAUGUGGCUUCUUCAGCGGGAUCAAAAACGUCGUCCAGUUUUGUGGGAGUCGGUGUUAACGAACACAAGUUCCCCCCCAGUAAUACUAAACCAUGACCAGUCUAUAUAACCCCUUUGGAGGAGUUUACAUUUGAACAGUUCCUUAUAUAGCUUUUCAGAGGUGUAUAGAAGCCAUGUUCUUCGAGUAAAUUUUGGACAGAAAUAAGAAGCCAGAGGGGAAAUGGUUUGUGGUGAUUAGUCCAUGUAGGAAGGACUUCUUUUUUUGCUCCUUUCUUUGUGGUGUUUAUAGUGACCACAGUUCAUACAUUGACCCUGUUUGUUGUAAACUUGUAAUCGCCUAUUUUGGGACUACAAUGGUGAAAGUAUUCCUUGAUCUCUUAGGCCCUUACCUCGAAGUAUUGAUCAGCGAUAAAUGGUAGUAUGUGGC